AUGCGGUGCAGCGAGUGCGGCAUGGUGUCGCAGCAGUUCCGCGAGGAGGACAACGAGGGCGGCGCGCCCGGCGCGGGCGGCGGCGCGGCGGGGACGGGGGGGAUGGGGAUGGGGAUGGGGUCGCAGGCGGUGGUGCGCGAGAGCAACGUGGCGCUGCACCAGCAGCGGCAGGAGGUUGCAGCCGCCGACGCUGCCAGGGCUGCGCAGGCUGUCAGCCUGCAAGUGCAGAGCAACGUGGCGCUGCACCAGCAGCGGCAGGACGUUGCUGCGGCUGAUGCGGUCAGGGCUGCUCGCGCUGUCAGCCUGCAAGUGCAGGUGGGGCGGUUGGGUGGGGCGUUGAGUGGGCGGCAAGUGCAGGGGGCUGACAGUGGUGCUCAUGGCGGAGUGGGACAUGCUUGGAGGGAAGGGGACGGGGGCGCAGGGGGGGUUGGGGGAGGGGGAAGAGGGGAAGAUGGAUGGGGAGGGGAGGCGAAGUCGGGUGGAAGGAGGAGAAGAGGUGGAGGUGAGAUGGGAGGAGAGGGGGGGGAGGCACUGCAACGGGAGAUGGCAGGGUGGGGCAUGGAGGGCGGGAGUGGGGGCUUUGGGGGAAUGGGGGGCGGGGCAGCGCAGGGGGCAUGCGGAGAGGGGAGAGACGAAGAGGGGAAGGGCGCAGGGGGUAGUGCGGGGCAGGAUGACGAGGGUGAGUGGGCGCGGGAGCUGAGGGCGAUUCUAGCGGGCACGAGGCGGAGCAGGCGGCAAGAGAGAGAGGAGGCGAGGAAGCGGGCGAGGCAGGCGCGGAGGAAGAAGUGGGGGCGGUUUGGCGCAGAGCUGGCAGCCAUUCGCGAGGACGAGGCGGCUGAGAGGCGGGACGGAGGGGAGGGGGAGGGGGGAAAUGGGAUGGGAGUGGAGGGGGAGGGGGAGGAGGAGGAAGGAGGGAAGGGAGGGAGUGAGAAGGCGUCGAUGAGGGAGACGUGGUUUGCUCUGGCGGAGAAGCUUCAAACGAGCCCUUUUUCUGCCGUCACCUGCAAGCUGCACGUCCUUCUGCCGCUGCACGCGUCGCUUGCAUUGCUCUUCCUCGCCUUGCAUUGCUCUUCCUCGCCUUGCAUUGCUCUUCCUCGCCUUGCAUUGCUCUUCCUCGCCUUGCAUUGCUCUUCCUCGCCUUGCAUUGCUCUUCCUCGCCUUGCAUUGCUCUUCCUCGCCUUGCAUCGCUCUUCCUCGCCUUGCAUGCCCUCUACUGCACUCACUGCCUUGCUUCUCACCUCCACCUAUUUCCCUCUCUCGCCCCCUCUCCUCCCCCCCCCCCUUCCCCCUCCUUCUCCCCCUCUCCCCUCCAGACACCUACCGCUGCACACCUCACUCGCUUCCCUCUUCCUCGCCUGCCACUACCUGCGCCUGCCGCUGCUCCCCACUGACAUCUGCCACCUGGCGCUCUCUGGUUCGCUGCCCUACCUGUCCGCGUGGCGCCAGCUGCCGCCCUUCCAGGGCUAUCCCGCCAGCGUCCCACCCGCCACACUCUUCCGCCCGCUCGCCCUGUGCUCCGCUCGCCUGCUCGAGCUGCUCGCUGCCUCUGCUGCCGCCUCCAUCGCCCUGCGCGUGCCCGCUCUCAACUUCCGCCUCAUUGGGGAGCGCUUCCUGCAGGUACGCGUCUCCUCCCUGCAGCUGCCACUCACUCACUUCCUGCACCUGCCUGCUGGAUGUGCCAUGCCUCUCCCACGCUCUUCCGUCCACUCGCCCUCUGCUGCCGCCUCUUCUGCCGCCUCCAUCAGUCUGCGCCUGCUCCCUCUCAACUAUCGCCUCAUUGGGGAGCGCUUCCUGCAGUCUCCUCCAUGCCCCUCUCACUCUCCUCCAUGCCCCUCUCACUCUCCUCCAUGCCCCUCUCACUCUCCUCCAUGCCCCUCUCACUCUCCUCCAUGCCCCUCUCACUCUCCUCCGCCUGCCUGCUGUCAGGUUGAGGGGGCAGCAGUGAUCUGA